GUCUGUUUGCGUGCGGUGAAAACACACGAUAGAGCCGCUGACGAGUUUUUCGCGAAAAACAUCAAUUUCACAGCCUUUUCCGCCAAAAUUACACGAGGAGAAAUACAAUGGGAGUUCCAGCAUUCUUUCGAUGGCUCUCGCGGAAGUAUCCAAGCGUUAUUAUCGAGUGUGUGGAGAAUCGCGUUCAGAGUGCCGAUGGGCAGGAUAUCCCGGAGGAUGCGUCGCUUCCCAAUCCCAAUGGCAUAGAAUUUGACAAUUUGUACCUGGACAUGAACGGCAUUAUUCAUCCGUGCACGCAUCCGGAAGACAAGCCGGCGCCCAAGAAUGAGGACGAAAUGAUGGUGGCGAUCUUUGAGUACAUCGAUCGACUUUUUGCCAUCGUGCGGCCCAGGAAGUUGCUCUACAUGGCCAUUGACGGAGUGGCGCCGCGGGCAAAGAUGAAUCAGCAGCGUUCGAGACGCUUCCGAGCGUCCAAGGAAACUGCCGAGAAGGCAGCGGAAAUUAAGCGGGUGCGCGAGGAGCUGAAGACGCGCGGAGCUGUUCUACCGCCGGAGAAGGAGAAGGGAGAACACUUUGACUCCAACUGCAUCACGCCGGGCACGCCGUUCAUGGAGCGUCUCAGCCGGUGUCUGCACUACUACGUGCACGAUCGCAUGAACAACCAUCCGGGCUGGAAGGGGAUCAAGGUGAUCCUGUCGGAUGCCAAUGUGCCCGGCGAGGGCGAGCACAAGAUCAUGGAUUACAUCCGGAGGCAGCGCUCGCAGCCCAAUCACGAUCCCAACACGCAGCACGUGCUGUGCGGCGCCGAUGCGGAUCUCAUCAUGCUGGGCCUGGCCACGCAUGAGCCCAACUUCACCAUCAUCCGCGAGGAGUUUCUGCCCAACAAGGAGCGUCCGUGCGAAGUGUGCUCGCAGUUCGGUCACGAGUUGUCCAAGUGCGAGGGACUGAACGGCAGUGAGUCCAACGAACCGCCGCCGGUGGCCAAGGAAGUGCAGUUCAUCUUCGUGCGUCUGCCGGUGCUGAGAGAGUAUUUGGAGCGCGAGUUGGAAAUGCCCAAUUUGCCGUUUGAGUACAAUUUCGAUCGUGUCAUUGACGAUUGGGUCUUUAUGUGCUUUUUCGUGGGCAAUGACUUCUUGCCUCACUUGCCGAGCUUGGAGAUCCGCGAGGGAGCCAUCGAUCGCCUGGUGAAUCUCUACAAGAAGUGUGUGUACAAAACUGGGGGAUAUCUUACGGAUUCUGGCGACGUGAAUCUUCAACGUGUGGAGAUGAUAAUGCAAGAUCUGGGCUUGAUGGAGGAUCAGAUAUUCAAGACGCGCCAGCAGAAAGAGCAGAUGUUUAAAAUGCGAGACAAGCAGCGAAGAAUGCAACAACAGGCACCGAAAUUGAAGAUGUUGCACGGUUCGCAGUUCGAGCCGAAGCCCGUUGGACCAGGACAUCAGCAUGGUCCUGUGCAGAAUGCUCGUCAGGAAGCGGCCAGAUUCCGCAUGAUGGCCAAUCCACUGGAAUCUAUGCUAACUCCGGAGGACAAUCGUCGUGGGAUGAAGAGGAAGUCCGAUCAGAUGGAGGAACAGCAGCAACAGCCGCAAGAGAGUAAGCAGGAGGAGGAGGAGGAAGAGGAGGAAGUGGCUGAUGAGGUGAGACUCUGGGAGGAUGGUUUCAAAGAUCGCUACUACGAAUCCAAGUUCGAUGUGGUGGCGGAAAACGUGGAUUUCCGCUACUCUGUGGCUCAGCAGUACGUGAAAGGGCUCUGCUGGGUGCUCCAGUACUACUAUCAGGGCUGUGCCUCGUGGAACUGGUAUUUUCCCUACCAUUAUGCGCCAUUUGCGUCGGAUUUCAUCAAUAUUUCAUCUCUUUCGACAAAGUUUGAGAGAGGAACGAAGCCGUUUAAGCCGCUGGAACAGCUGAUGGGAGUUUUUCCGGCUGCUAGUAAGUCGCAUAUUCCGGAGCCAUGGGGUGAAUUGAUGAUAGAUCCUAGGUCGACAAUCAUUGAUUUCUAUCCAGAGGACUUUAAGAUUGACUUGAAUGGGAAGAAAUUUGCCUGGCAAGGUGUUGCCUUGUUACCUUUUGUCGAUGAGAAGCGUCUCUACAAAGCCCUUGAGCCAUUCUACGGAAAACUCACAGAGGCAGAAAGCAGAAGAAAUUCACUGGGAUGUGACAGAUUGUACGUGGGACCUGCGAAUGAAGGAUUCAAGCUCCUCAAGGGGAUCUACAGCAACAACAUCAAGGAGGGGGCUCCUGUGCUGAUUGAGGGCAUGCAGGGAAUGGCCUAUAUGUCCGAUGAUACAGUCACAAUUGGAGGGUCACUUCACUCACCCGUGCUUGGUCUUGAGUCCAUCCAGGAUAACUCCGUUGUCACGGUAAAGUACAAAGAUCCAGAGUAUGCGGAGGAUUUCAUUUUUCCGGCGAAGAAGCUGUCAAACGCGAAGGAACCGCCACGAGUGCUGAAGGGCGCGAAUAUGGGACACGAUCAACCGUACAGACCGAUGAUUGGCUUCACGAGAAAUCUACCCACCGCCUCGCUGUCGGCAUCUGGUCACCGGACGAUGAAUCACUAUUCAAACGACCGACAAAGGGGUUCGGGAUCAGGACAGUAUGGAUCAUAUCCACCGCCCAAUCGCUAUAAUCAGAAUGACUAUCAGCAGCGCUCGUAUCAGAAUAACAAUCGAUAUGGCGGAGUUUAUCGAUCAGACUACAAUCGUCAGAAUCGAUCGGCACCUUAUGAAUCGCAGCAGCGAUCUAACUAUGGCCACAAUCGCCACUCAAAUUCGUCCCAACAACCCUGGCAAUCUCAGCAACGGCAUCAGGAUGAUCGAUCUGGCCAGCGACAGUCGAGAUUCUCCCCAUACAAUGCACAAUCACAUCAUCAGAGUGGCGGCAGUCGAGGAAACUAUCAGCAGAACUACGGCAGAAGGUAAGCUGAUUUUGGACACAAUUUCACACGGACGAGGAAAGACUGGAAGAACUGCGCGCUUCACUUUCCUUAGAAAAAAACAAAUGGCAUAUUUUAUUCUUUUCGUACCUCUUUAAGGAUCAUGCUCAGUUGAGCAUUACUUUUUACAAGAAGUUACAUAAGUUAAUUGUUAGCAUAAAUAGUGAAAUACCAUGAAUCUUUCUUAUUGGCAUGGUAGAGAAAAUUGCAUAAAUUUUUAUCUUUAGAAAGACUGUAAAUAGUCAAACACUGUAAAAGUUGUAAAAAGAAUUUAUUCUUUCGUCAAUUUACAGCAAAUCAUAGGAAAAUAAAUAAUAAAAUUGAAGACCUUUUUGUUGAAAAAGGUUUUUCUGCCAAAUUUCUUAUGUCUCUUUUAAUUUAAUAGUGUGAGAAAUAUAAGCUGAAAAGUAAGUUAAACGAAGAG